AACGUGCUCCUGCUAAGCUCUGUGAUUUUGAGCAAAAUUAGUUAUCUUAUGGUUAAACAGUAGUGGAUUAACGGUAGUCUUACUCAUUCAAAGAUGGUGUUUGUAAAGUCCUGGGAAGAUUUUGAGAUCGCUGCUGAAAACAUGUAUAUGGCGAAUCCAUGCGAGUGUCGGUUUACGAUGAAGUAUACGCACAAUCGAGGCGCCGUUUUCUUAAAGCUGACGGACAACAUAAAAUGUGUGCAAUACAAAACAGAAGUCUUAUCUGAGCUCAGACGAAUUGAAAAAUUCUCCGGCAAUCUGAUACAGAUGAUGGCAUCAAAGGAAUAGCAAACCACCGGCGGAAGUUGAACGAUGUUGCGGACAUGCAUAAGGAAGCGGAUGAAAAUGAGGCAAGGGUUUAAAAUAAAAAAUGAAUUU